AUACUGCAAUUUAUUAUUAUUAUUAUUUCCAUUAUCAUUAUAAUAUUAUCAUUUAUUUAUUAUUAGAUAUUAUUAUUAUUAUUAUUCGCGUAAUCGACAACGUUGUUGCUCGUCUUGUUGUUUUCCUCGAUUUGCGUUUCAACAUUAUUACUUCUCGCUCUGCGGGGGGUCCGUCCAUCGUUGUUAUCGCCGCUGUCCGUUGUUUUUGUUCCGUGUAGUGCACAGACUACCAAAUGUACACUACACACUAGUUGUCCCGCAGUAUCAUAUACGAAUAUACGAUUUUUGUCUGGCUGUCGGAAAUUUGGACAUCAUUACACGUCGCUCUUCUGGCCGUAUUAAGUUUUUUCAUAACGAGUUUCGAUUAAUUUGUGCGUGCGUCGAGCGCUGGUUUCAGUGAUUCGAGCUGCAAGUCAAGAUCAUGAUUAAAGCCGAAGGUCAGAUUUAUUUCAACUGUCAGUUACACGUUGUAUGUCCAGAAUUACUGUAACGGUCUGCCAGAAAAUAAUUGAGUAUCAGAUGUUGUACAGCUUUUAUCAAAAAUGUUUAGAAAGGAAACGGCAUUUAUUGCCUUAAUAGCCUUUAUAACUACAAUAAAAUGUGACAUUAGCAUAUAUACUAGAGAUCACCAACAGCUAGAUUUAGAGUUUAAAGAUGCGCAGUCUCUUUUUGGAGCGGAUAUACCUUCAGAUGGCAUUAAAGGUUACAUUUUGAGUGCAGAACCUGAAGAUGGUUGUACUAAAAUUGAAUCUCCGCCCAAAAGUGGAAGUUGGUUUGCCUUAAUUAAGAGAGGAAAUUGUAAUUUUGACGUAAAAGUUAGAAAUGCUCAAAAUAGCAAUUACACAUUAGCCAUUAUAUUCAAUGUUAACUCUAGUAUUGUUGUGCCAAUGAAUGGUAAAAAUACAAGUGAUAUAGUCAUUCCAUCAGUUUUUGUUGGUGAAAGCACUGGGCUUAUGUUGAGAGACUACUAUGAUUAUCAAAACGGCUAUUAUGUGAUUGUAGACAACAGUCAAUUCCCAUUUGAUAUAAACUUGAAUUUAUUGUUGCCAUUUGCUGUGAUUGUUGCGGUAUGUUUCUUCGCAAUGCUUGGGUUUAUGUUAAUUAAAUGGAUUAAAGAUCGAAGACGAGCAUUUAGACAUCGAUUACCGGCAUCUAUUCUUCGUAAAAUUCCGAUCUCAACAUUUGCGAAAGGUGAUCCAUAUGAUACUUGUGCCAUAUGUUUAGAUGAUUAUAUGGAUGGAGACAAAUUAAGAAUUUUGCCAUGUGCUCAUGCUUAUCACUGUAAAUGUAUUGAUCCAUGGUUAACACGAAACCGACGAUUUUGUCCUAUUUGUAAACGCAGAGUUUAUGGCAAUAAUGAAGAUCUACACUCUGUAGCAUAUUCUUCAGAUACUGAUAGUGAUGAGCCCAAUGAUAGAACUCCAUUAGUUGCACCUGGUAUUAAUAAUUCAAAUUCAUUAGGUGUUGGUACAUUCCGUAGUUUCAGAGGACGUGUAUUCACUCGUGGUAGAUCUGCUAACACUGUUCCUGUGCAUCCUCCAGUUUUAUCAUCAAUAAAUGUAGCCAACGCAGAUUAUGACACAGUUUCAUCUCAAACAGAUUCAUCAGACUCAAUGUUAUCAGAUUAUCAAAAUCUGUAUGAUGCACCAGCCCACCAAUCGGUUUCAGCAUCCAUGUCAAAUUCAGUGAAUAAUUUGGCUCCAGAACUGAUGACUAACACAGAACCAAGUAGAACAAAUGUGCAGAACCAUAUCGUUUAAACAGCUUAUCAACAAACAGCCUAAAAAAGUUGAUUUCUUUUAUUGGACUUUAAUUAUAUUACAUUGCUUUUAAAUAGAAACAAAAUAUGAUUUAUUUUUCUUAAUCAAAAUAUUGUUUUUAGGUCUGUAUUUUAUUACUAUAAGAUUUUUAAUCAGAUAAUUAUUUUUAGUAAUGAAUAUAAACCAUUUAAUAACUUAGACAAAAAAAAAAAACAGACUGUUCAAAUUUUUUUUAAAUUUUAAAUAUUAUUCUCACUCUAUUUACAAUAACUCUCAUGUAUACUUAAAUUAUUUUAAUUAUUUUUUUUCUGAUAUUAGUAAAAAAAUAAUUAUUAAUUCAACAUGUGAUAAUUGUUAUGAUUAUAAAAAAUAGUUUUGUUAUUAGUAUUGAUCACAGUAUAUUAUAUAAUAUACUGUGGUUUUGAUAUAUUAUGUUUUAAAAAAAAAUAUUAUACAUUUAAUAAAAAUGUUUGUAAUUUUAAUAUUCAUUUAUUUUGAUAAGUUGACAAUAUCAGAUAUACAUUGUAUAAGUAUAAUGUUCUGUCAAUCCUAUAUUUACUUAUGUGUAAUUUUUUUUUUUUUUGUAGUAUUUUAAAUAAGCUUAUCAGAAUACCUGUUAAAAAUAUAUUUUCUCUAUAAGAAUACUUUAUUUGGUUAAAUAGUUUUAAUGUACCUGCAAGAAUGAUGUAUAAUUCAUUUAAGAUUAUGUUUUGUUUUUAUAUUAUUUUUUCAUUAUAUUUUUAAAUAUUUAAAUAUUUUUUAUAACGUAUAUUAUUGUUUAUAUUCUCCUUAAAUUUUAUUUGUGUAUGAUACAAUUUAAUGUACAGUAUGUAUUUAAAGAUUUGAAUACAUUAUUUAAGUAGAGAGUUACUACUUAUAAAUUUGGUUUGAAUAAUUUAUUAUUUUUGCAAUGUUUUUUAAUUAUCUGUUGAAAGAAAUCUUAGAGGAUUUAUACCUGCAUAUUGUGUUAUCUUUGUCUUACACACAUACAAUAUGGAAAAUUUUCGUUCUGCUGAAUUCAUUUUUUGAUGUUAAUUUUUAAUAUUAUAUUAAAUUUACCUAUCAAAUUUAAAGGUAAGAAUAUUAUCUAAGAAAGUUCAUAUGCUUGAUAUUAUUAUUUUAAAUGAGUUAUGGACAUAUUUUUAAAGUUAUAAUAUUUUACAUAGCUAUAAGUCACUUAAAAAUGAUAUCAAUAAAAGCAUAUAUCGUCUUCUAGAUAAUAUUCUUACUUUUAAAUUUGUUGAUAGGUAAAUUUACUCUAAUAUUAAAGCUAACAUCAAAACAUAUUGUGUUCUUCUAUACGCACAUUUUCUAUGAUGUACAGAUAAGACAGACAACACAUGCAGGUAAAACAUCCUCUUAAUUUACUUGUAUUUCUUUUUAAUUUUUUAUAGUAACCCAUCUAUAUCUGUUUAAAUAUUUAAUAAUUAAUUCUAAAAGUAUAAUAAUACUUAACAUUUUAUAAAUAAAGAAAACUUGUUAUUAUAUACAUCAAUUUAUAAUUACUCACUAAACCACAAACAAUAUAAAAACAUGAUUUAUAAAAUCAAUUAA